UUCGAGAUACGCUGCGGUCGUGCAUUAGUAAUUCACGGAAUUAAAAUGUUAUUUUGCAAAAAUAAUUAGCGCUUGCACUAAUAAAGUCUUGUUUUCAAGACAGGGCGUGUUUAGCGUUGAUCGCGCACGUUUUAUAAGCAAAACUAUCAAGAUGGCUGAUAUAAAGACAAUGUUCUCAAAAAUGAACAAUGGUACCACAAACGGUACUGGCGAGCCUGUGCCCGCUAAAAACCAAAAGGGUAGCAUUGAAAAGAUAUACCAGAAGAAGUCACAACUUGAGCACAUCCUCCUCAGGCCUGACACAUACAUUGGAUCCGUUGAACGGUCCACAGAGACUAUGUGGGUGUAUGAUAAGACCAAGGAGUGUAUGGUGCAGAAAGAAUUGACUUUUGUGCCAGGUUUAUAUAAAAUAUAUGACGAAAUAUUAGUAAACGCAGCUGACAACAAACAAAGAGACCCAAAAAUGGACGUGAUUAGAAUUGAAAUAAAUCAAGAACAAAAUACAAUUUCUGUUUACAACAAUGGAUGUGGUAUUCCAGUCGUUAUGCACAAAGAGGAGAAAAUGUUUGUCCCAACUAUGAUCUUUGGACAUCUCUUGACAUCUUCAAAUUACAAUGAUGAAGAAGAAAAAGUGACUGGUGGUCGUAACGGAUAUGGCGCAAAAUUGUGCAACAUUUUCUCCACAAAAUUCACUGUUGAAACUGCAUCAAAGCAAUACAAAAAACAUUUCAAACAGACAUGGGGAGCAAACAUGACCAAGGCGUCAGAGCCUAAGGUUAAGGAAUCCGGCAAGGAUGAUGAUUUUACAAAAGUGACUUUUAGCCCUGACCUGGCUAAAUUUAAAAUGGAGAAAUUAGAAGACGACAUUGUCGCUCUCAUGUCUCGACGUGCGUAUGACGUAGCGGCGUCUACAGCAGGCGUGAAGGUCUAUCUCAAUGGAGAGAGAUUGAAAAUUAGUAAAUUUAAAGACUAUGUAGAUUUAUACAUAAAAGGCAAAGAAGACGAAAAUGGACAGCCUUUGAAGGUGGUAUAUGAAAAGGUUAAUGACCGUUGGGAAGUAGCAUUGACACUCUCAGAUAGAGGGUUCCAACAAGUGUCAUUUGUAAAUUCUAUCGCAACCACAAAAGGUGGUAAACAUGUCGACUCGGUUGCUGAUAGUGUUGUUAAGAAUGUACUAGAGGUACUUAAAAAGAAAAACAAAGGUGGUGUUAAUAUUAAGCCUUUCCAAGUUAAGAAUCAUAUGUGGAUAUUUGUUAAUUGUCUAAUCGUCAACCCAACCUUUGAUUCACAAACCAAAGAAAACAUGACACUCCAAGCCAAAAGCUUUGGAUCGAAAUGUAAUUUCUCUGAGAAAUUUAUUACGGCAGUUACUAAGUGCGGUUUAGUAGAAUCAGUAUUGACAUGGGCUAAGUUUAAAGCUCAAAAUGAGCUUGUGAAAGCAUCAGGUAAAAAGCAAAGCAAACUGAAGGGUAUACCGAAGUUAGAAGAUGCUAAUGAAGCAGGUACAAAAAAUGCGCAUUUGUGUACCCUCAUCCUUACUGAGGGAGACUCAGCCAAGACGUUGGCUGUGUCCGGACUCAGUGUCGUUGGAAGAGAUCACUAUGGUGUAUUUCCACUUAAGGGUAAACCGUUGAACGUAAGAGACGCAUCUCACAAGCAAGUGUUAGAAAAUGUUGAAAUAAACAACCUCAUCAAAAUCCUUGGUCUUCAGUAUAAAAAGAAAUAUAACACGCUUGACGACUUAAAAUCGCUAAGAUAUGGCAAAGUGAUGAUAAUGGCCGAUCAGGAUCAAGACGGUUCUCACAUCAAAGGACUGAUCAUUAACUUCAUACAUCACAAUUGGCCAGAGCUAUUAAAACUGCCAUUCUUGGAGGAGUUCAUCACACCUAUCGUGAAAGCGACGAAAAAAGACAAGGAGAUAUCUUUCUAUUCUUUACCAGAAUUUGAGGAAUGGAAGAACGAAAAUGAGAAUUAUCACACAUACAAUAUAAAAUACUACAAAGGUUUGGGUACCUCCACUGCAAAGGAGGCUAAAGAAUACUUCCAGAAUAUGGAAAGGCAUAGGAUAAAGUUUAAGUACGCGGGCGCUACGGACGAUCAUCACAUCGAGCUGGCUUUCUCGAAGAAAGGUGCUGACCAACGUAAGGAGUGGCUGACGAGCCACAUGGAAGAAGUCAAGAGGAGGAAGGAGAUUGGCCUUCCAGAAAGAUAUUUGUACACGAAAGAAACAAAAGCGGUUACAUAUUCGGAUUUCGUUAAUUUGGAGCUGGUUCUCUUUUCCAAUGGAGAUAAUGUUAGAUCAAUACCUUCCAUGGUAGAUGGCCUGAAGCCGGGUCAACGUAAAGUGAUAUUCACGUGUAUCAAACGUAACGACAAACGCGAAGUUAAAGUCGCGCAGUUGGCUGGUUCCGUAGCAGAACACUCUGCUUACCAUCACGGUGAGCAGUCGCUCGCGAUGACGAUAGUGAACCUCGCUCAGAACUACGUGGGUUCAAACAACAUCAACCUUUUGGAGCCCCGCGGUCAGUUUGGUACAAGAUUGUGUGGUGGCAAGGACUCGGCCAGUCCGAGAUACAUAUUCACGCUCAUGUCUCCGCUUACGAGGUUGAUCUUCCAUCCGCAUGAUGAUCCUUUGCUCUUGCACGAAUUCGAAGACAACCAGAAGAUUGAGCCCAUCCACUAUGUCCCCAUAUUACCGAUGGUACUCGUCAAUGGGGCUGAGGGUAUCGGCACUGGCUGGUCCACAAAGAUACCGAAUUACAAUCCCAGAGACAUUGUUGCUAAUAUCCGCCGCAUGCUCGACGGCGAAGACCCGAAACCGAUGCACCCGUGGUACAAGAACUUCCGCGGCACGAUAGAGGGCUUCGGCGACAAGUACGUCAUAUCCGGCGAGGCGGCCAUCUUGCCGAACGACAAGAUCGAGAUCACGGAGCUUCCGGUCGGCACGUGGACGCAGAAUUACAAGGAGAAUGUAUUGGAACCUAUGCUGGGGACGGAUAAAGUUAAACCGCUGAUAAGUGAAUAUAGGGAAUACAACACAGACACGACAGUGCGUUUCCUAGUGACCCUUUUGCCGGGAAAAUUGGCAGAGGUUGAAGCGGAAGGUGUGCACAAAGUGUUCAAACUGCAGACCACCAUCUCAAUGACGUGCAUGAACGCGUUCGACCACAACAACUGUUUGAAGAAAUAUGACCGCGUCGAAGAAAUCCUACGCGAAUUCUACGACAUGCGCGUGCGUUACUACGCUAAAAGAAAGGAGUUCCUCGAAGGCCAGCUACAAGCUGAAGCUGAUAAACUUAGCAACCAGGCGCGCUUUAUAGUGGAGAAGUGUGAUAAAGGGCUGGUGGUGGAGAACAAGAAGAGGAAGGUCAUGGUGGAGGAGCUGAUCAAGCGAGGUUACGCGCCAGACCCGAUAGCGGAGUGGAAGAAGCGAGCCAGCAAGAUGCAAGGUCUCACCGCUCUGGAGGAAGAGGAACCUCAAGAGUCUGAAGAUGAACCGGAGCCCGAGGAGACGACUAAGGGGAAACCUGUUGAUCCAGAGAAAGCGUUCCAAAAUCUAAAGGAGGUGAAGCGUUUCAACUAUUUGCUGGGCAUGUCCAUGUGGAUGCUGACCCGUGAGAAGAAAGAUGAGCUUCUCAAGCAGAGAGAUCAGAAACUUGUCGAGCUUGAAGCGCUCAAGAAGAAAACACCAGCAUUAUUAUGGCGUGACGAUUUGGACUUAUUCCUCACGCGGCUCGAUGAUCUCGAAGAGAAGGAGAGACAGGAAGAAGCAGCUACCAAUAGAAAGACUUCUAAAGCUCAGGCGGCAAACAAGAAAAACCGCAAGUCGCUCAUGGAGAUAGUACCAUCACAAGAUGGCCGUCGCGUAGAGCCCAAGAUCUCGGAAGAUAUCAUCAAGAGGAUACAAGCGGCAGAAAAGGCGAAGAUUAAGAAGGAGGUCAAGAAAGAAUAUGAUCCGGAUGACCCCACUGGCAUAAGUCCAGCGAGUCAAGAGAAGAAACCGAAAGGGCGCGUAAAGAAAGAGAAAGAAGUAAAAGAGAAAGUAGAGAAGGGAGAUAAAGCGGAUAAGGAUGGGCUCAAACAGACGAAACUCAGCUUUAAGAAGGAGCCCAAGAAGAAGAAGAUGACGUUCAGUGGCAGCGAUUCGGAGGAAGUGUCGGGUUCGGAUGUGGAAGCGAUCGUAGAGUCUGCGCCCGCGCCCCGACCACGGAACACUACUCGACGAGCUGCUACUAAGGUGCAAAAAUACAAGGACGGUUCAGACGAUUCCGCCUCUGAUUCAGAGCCAGAGCUAUUAGAUAAUAAGCUCGGUUCCGAUGUGGAGCCACCGCAGAGAGUGAUGUCGGUCAGUGAUGAUGAUGAUGAUGACUUUAACGUGAAGAAACAUGGCAAUAAGAAGCCCGCUGAAAUGGAUUCCGAUUGUCUAUUCGACUCGCUUAUUGAAGAAACAAAGAAGGAAGAAGCGAGCAAGAACACAAGCUCUGAUCGACCCAACGUCCUCUCCAGUGAUGGUGAUGAGGCUCCAUCACCAAAGAAACCGGUGAAGAGGAAGCUGAUGAACGUCAAGGAGCCUGUGAAGAAGAAGGUGAAAGCAACCAUCAGCUUGGACAGCGAUGAUGAUAGCAUAUUUGAUACCAAGAAGGAUACUAAGAAAAAGCCCGCAGCCGCGAAGAAACCAGCAAAGAAAGCCGCUAAAAAGAAGGGCAGCGAUGAGGACAGUGAUGUGGAGAUGUCAGCGAGUCCCCCCCCAGCCAGGAGCAACGCUAGGGCAAGGGCUCAGCAGAAGUAUCACUUUAGUGAUGGGUCGGACAGCGAGUAGACGUGCCGAUGAAACAGUUUUAAGUCUAAAGAAGCAGUAUUUGUAAAUAUAGGAACAUGGAAAAAUGUGAAUGAGUAGUAUAAGUACUACGAGCCGAGUGUUUGAGCCUUUUCUAUGGAGUUUUGAAUCUUGACGUUUUUUAAUAACAUAAUUCGUGUUUAUGUUUUACAAUUUUAACAUAAGACAUGUUUUAUAAUAGUGACAAUUGUACGACUGUUCGUAACAACUUAUUUUAUAGAUAAGAAAAUACAGUUUCUUUUUGUUUGUACAUAAUUAAUUAUCUGUUUAGUUUUCACUUCGUUUAAUCUGUUUUCUUUCUCUUCUUAAUUUAUCGUUCGUUAACUUUAAUAAUUUUCUUAUGUAACUUUUUGUGUAUUUCAAUAUAUUAUGUACCUAAUUGUGAAAUUUAAUUUUAAUAAUAUUAUAUAUUAUUAGUACAAUUUUUGAUUGAUAUAUUUUUGUAGAAAAAUUCGUAUGUUCAUUCCGUGUUUUCCAAGUGAAAAGAAAUAUAUUUUGUUGUCAAUUAAUUAAUUGCUGUUAAAUAUGGAAUUAAUGAUUAAAUGAUAUUUUUUAAAAGGUCGUUUUUCAACAAAACAUUUUUGUAAAUAAAUAAUUUUAUACGUA